AUGGCCUGGACGGUGCACGAGGAUGAGUACAAGACGGAGGGGUACGAUAAUCUCGAGGAGAUCUUGCAGUACGUGGUGCACACGGAGGAGAGUGUGCAGCAGCCAAAGCCCACUGGAAAGUACACCAAGAGCUCGCAGGUCUUUUCGACGCCGUCUCCGCUGACUGCUGCGGAGCUGAGCUCGCCCAUCAAGCACCAACUCACGAAUACUGUCCCAUGGCAGCCACAGAUCCACACGCCAACCAACUCUUCCUUCCACAGCCUCGGCAUUCCGUACACGCCUGCUCAGAGUCCACAGCAGCGCCGCUGCAACAAUCGCUUCAACGGCAGUUACAGUGGCCACUGCGACCGUAAACCAAAGAUCAUGGGCAGUAGUGAGACUUGCGCCCUCUCUCCUGGCGCGAGAAAGCGGGGUAUGGGUACGGGACAGAUGGACCACAUGAUGGCCACAGAAUUGAAUAGUAUGCCGAUGCCUGAGCUGAUCAUGCAGGAGGUGCUCGCCUCGCAGGACAUGAUGGUAGGUGGCGGCUACGGCGACUGGUCAGGAAAUGGUAGCAAGUACUCCCAAAGCGGUGCCCUCACCGCCGACAGCCUGCGAGGCAGGGUUUACGAAACCGCGAAGGAUCAGCACGGGUGCCGCUAUCUGCAGCGAUGGCUGGACACGAACUGCGAUCCCGAGACGUUGCAGGUGAUGAUGGACGAAAUCAUUCCGCAUGUGGGGGAACUGAUGACAGACCAGUACGCAAAUUUUCUCAUUCAAAAGCUGUUUGACAUCAUGCCAGAUGAUGUGCGAUACAAGGUCGCCAUCGUGGCAGCGCCACAGAUUUGCAUGAUAUCCCUCACGCCGCAUGGCACAUUUAGCGUUCAGAAGAUGAUCGAGACGAUCUCGACGCGGGAGGAGACAGAGAUCAUUUGCGAGGCGCUCGCCAAGGAUGUUGUUCGGCUAGUCAAGGAUGCACACGGGAACCAUGUGAUUCAGAAAGUGCUUCAGCGCUUCGACUUUGACGACAAGGAGUACAUCUACAGGGCAGUGUCGACGGACUGCGUGUCAAUUGCUAAGAACAAGCAGGGUUGCUGCGUGCUGCAGCGGUCUCUCGAACACGCGUCACCGCGGCAAAAGGCUGCCCUUGUCGAUCAGGUGCUGGCUUGCUGUUUGCAAAUUGUCCAGGAUCCAUUUGGCAACUACGUCCUCCAGUACGUGCUGGAGGCGCACGACAGCAAGAUAAACGACACCAUCGCCUUUGCUUUCCUUCCCCACCUGGUGCAUCUAUCCAUGAACAAGUUCAGCUCCAACGUGAUGGAGAAGGUGCUGCGUGGUGCCUCGAGGCCAGUACAAGUAAUGUACAUGGAGGAGAUGUGCAACCCGGGGAUCAUCUCCCACCUCAUUCAAGACGACUACGGCAAUUAUGUCCUGCAGACAGCGCUCACGAUAAACGCGCCGGCGCAGGCAGAGCAGCUCGUGAACGCCAUUCGCCCUUUUAUGCCGUUGAUCAAGAACGCACCGUACGCCAAGAAGAUGGAGGGCAAGAUGGAGGCUGUUGCCCGGAAGAUCGAGAGCAGCAACUUCCACGCGCCCCGAGACUGCGAAAUUGACGCUCGCCAAGGGGGCGGGGGCAGCCCAAACGGCAAGUUCGACCGCUCCCCCAACCACGGACGGCAGUACGUAGGUGGUAAAGAUCGGCAGCAGCCUUAUAAUCACCCCACAUGA